AUGAUUCAAGCUGUGGACAUCAACGCCUACAACGGGGAACAGCCUGCAGAGAAGCUGCCCUUCCCCAUCAUUGCUGACAAGAACCGGGAGCUGGCUGUCAAGCUGGGCAUGCUGGACCCCGACGAGCUGGACAAGGACGGGAUGCCCCUGACCGCUCGUGUGGUGUUCGUUUUUGGCCCGGAUAAGAAGCUGAAGCUCUCUAUCCUGUACCCAGCCACCACUGGGAGGAACUUUGAUGAGAUCCUGAGAGUGGUGGACUCCCUGCAGCUCACAGCUUACAAGAAGGUCGCUACUCCUGUGGACUGGAAGCCCGGUGACAGCGUCAUGGUGGUGCCCACCUUACCUGACGAGGAAGCCAAGAAGCUCUUCCCCAAAGGAAUCUUCACCAAGGAGCUCCCGUCGGGCAAGAAGUACCUGCGCUACACCCCGCAGCCAGAGUGA